GGAAAACACAGAUCUCUUUUGUCAACUUCAAUCUUUACAUUUUCUUCAUUAAGCGUGUAGAAGGAAGAGUAACCCACCAGUCUCUUAAAUUUCUUCUUUCAUCGGAAAACAAGAGUUUACCCUUCUCUCCCUUUUCUCUCUUCUUCCAUUUACUAUCACACACACGCGCACACACAUAUAUGUAUAUAUAUAGUAUUGUAUUGUAUCAUUUCUAUGUGUCUGUAUGUAAGUGGUGAACAUCUUCCAUUAUUUUCAUCUGGGUAAUAAAUCUUUUCUUCUGCAAAUGAGGAGUAUAGCAUCAUGUUACAGUGAACACGCCAUUAAGGUCUCUGAUUCAUACUGCUCGGGCCCUUCAAACCAGGCAUGUGUUCCCCCAAACCUCCCCCCUUCCAUACCAAAUGCAGUUACGUGUAUAUACAAAUCCAAACUCUCCUCUCAGAAGCAGCUUCUUAUCACCCUCGCAUGGCGCCGCAACAUCGACGGCCAUGGCGCCGCUAUCAACAUCGGCGACAACGUGUCGUCUCCGUCAAAAUUCAACGCGAACUUUCAUCACUUGACGAAGAAGAAAGGCAGCAAAAUCGUUCAAUAUUCUUACAAUUCCAAGGCUGAAAUCUUCUGGGACUUCUCCGUUGCUCGUUAUGAAAAUGGACCCGAACCAUCCAAAAGGUUUUACCUCAUUGUUUUUGUUGAUUCAGAGCUUGUUCUUCUCCUCGGAGACAUGAAGGAAGAUGAACUGUUCGCCAAAAUGCUCCAACCAGAAAACCCACCUGCAAAAUUCUCCUUAAUUUCGAGAAGCGAGCAUUUUUCCGGCCAUGCUGUGUAUUCAACAAAAGCCAAGUUCUCCGACACGGGAGCAGCUCACGAUAUAUUGAUCAGGUGCGGCGGAGAAGACGGAGGAUCGUCGUGGAAGAACCCGGUUUUGUCUGUGUGGAUCGAUAAUAAGAGAGUUUUCCAAGAGAGAAAAUUGAAGUGGAAUUUCAGAGGGAACCAGACAAUAUUCUUGGACGGUCUGCUGGUGGACAUGAUGUGGGAUGUACAUGACUGGUUCUUCAACGAAACGUCGUCGUCGUCGUCGUCUUCUGGCUGUGCUGUUUUCAUGUUCAGGACAAGGAGUGGAUUAGAUAGCAGGCUGUGGUUGGAGGAGCAGAAAGAAAAGAGAGAAAGAGCCGCUCCCGAGUUUUCAUUACUCAUUCGUGCCUGUAAGAGUCCCGGCUAAUCAAAUUUUUUAAUUUUAAUUUUAAUUUUUUUUUUUUUUUAAAUCAUGUUCAAUAUUCCAGUUUAUUAUGUCUUUAUGGGUUUAUUUAAUCUUUUACUUCUGAUUGUAUGAAAAAGAAAAGAAAACAAAAGGCUAAUCUUAUGAUUAUAGGGAAAAUAUAAAUAUAAAGAUAUGCUUAACUUGGGAGUAGGGA